GCUCAGCCCGCCGGUAGCUUCACUUCCUGGUAGAGGCGGGGAGUCGCUGGGGUCGGCGGCACCGGCUGGGGAAGGCGGUGCUGGCAUGGGGGAGGAAGAGGCGGAGAAGGGGCCGCUGCCGGCUGCCCGGGGGGACCCCCCGGGGCUGCCCGUGGGCCCCGUCUCCCUGAACGUGGGCGGCACCCUGUACAGCACCACGCUGGAGACCUUGACCCGCUUCCCCGACUCCAUGCUGGGGGCCAUGUUCCGGGGGCCCCGGCCGGCCCGCACCGACGGCCGGGGCCACUACUUCAUCGACCGCGACGGCAAAGCCUUCCGGCACGUCCUCAACUUCUUGCGGCUGGGCCGGCUGGACCUGCCCGAGGGCUACGCGGAGCUGGCCCUGCUGCGGGCGGAGGCGGACUUCUACCAGAUCCGGCCCCUGCUGGCCGAGCUGAGCCGGCUGGCGGCCGAGCGGCGGCGGCGGCGGGCCGGGGCCGUGCUCCACGCCGCCGUCGACGGCCGGGAGCGGCUGCUGCACUUCACCGUCCGGCGCGGGCCGCAGAACUACGGCCUGAGCACCUGCCGGCUCCGCGUCUUCACCGCCAACCUCUUCUGCACCGACGGGCCCUUCCUGGCGCUGCUGGGCCGCCGGCUGGGCGCCGCCGGGGACGCCCCCAAGAGGAGGGGGCCCGGGCCGCGCCGAUCCGCGGAGGAGGGGGAAACCCGGAGCCCGCACCACCUGCGCCUGGAGUGGGCCCCGCGGCCCCCGGACCUGCCCGAGGCGGAGUACGCCAAGCAGAAGGUGCGCCCCCUCCGGACGGCGCCGCCGGAGGGGCGGGAGAUUGGCACGGCGGCGGAGUUCCUGGAGGAGGUGCUGAAGGCGGCCCUGGACCAAGGCUUCCGGGUGGAUUCGGUCUUCCCCGACCCGGAGGACAUCCUCAACUCGCACUCGCUGCGCUUCGUCCGCCACUGACCACGGAGGAGGGGGCAGAAGAACCGGCUGGGGAACGAGAUUGGGGGGGGGGGCUGCUCUCACCUGACUACAGUGGUGGGCACUGAACCGAUUCUCUGCCUCGCGAUGGAUCCUUCCUUCCUGCCAAUGCCCUGGGUUUUGGGGAGCAGAGCCCAGCCGGGUCCUGACCCACUUCCCCCCCACAGCUGGGAAAUGAAGACCCUGGGAUCGGAACCAGCCACCCGACCGGGGGGUGGGGUCGCAAGGGACUUCCAGCUCCCCCGCCUGGAGCUCGAGCUGGUGCUUAAUGGGGUGUGUGGGGAGGGAAGGAUGGUGACUUUUUGGGGUGCCUGAUUAAUGCCUGUAUCUGCACUUUAAGUCUGUUGCUAUUGUACAUUUCCCCCCCCCCCAUGGCCCUACCUUCCCCCUACUGCACAUAAAAGGGGAGGGGGGGGAUCCAGGACUCCUGGGUUCUCUGCGAGUGGGGCGGGGGUUCAUGGGUUACAGCAGGGCAGGGCUGGGAUCCAGGACUCCUGGGUUCUCUCUCUGGCUCUGUGAGGGAGGCGGGGGUUAGAGCAUGGGGCAGGAAACCAGGCUCACACCUUUAGCUUUCCAGUGAUCUCUGUUGGGUGGGGGAGGCUGCCACCCCCCCCCCGCCCCUAAAUCCCCCAUCUCCGGCAAGGACAAGUCACCUCUGUCGGGUGUGGGACUUCAGUAGGGCUGUCUCUUUAAGAGGGUGGGACUUUCCCAGGCAGGGGGUGGGGCUUCGGGGGCACCACCUACUGGCUGCCUGGGGAAUUGCAAGUGGGCAGCUGGGCUGGGACCCUCUGUGAGACGGGGGGGGGGUCUUGGACAAGCCCUCUGCCCCCCUGUAUUUCCACGGCCCUGGCUCCCUCGUGCAUUUGCAGACCCCGCUGAGGGGGUCGGUGCUCCCAGGGCCUCCGCACGUUUGCACAAGCGCCUUUGCACACGCGGCGGGGGGGGCGGUGGAGCGUCAGCUGCCGUGGGGGCCUGGCCCCUUUGCACACCUGUCUGUAACCGAUGUUGGUGCGAAGCUGUGUGGAACAAAUGAAUGUCCUGAAGGUG